AUGCAAACGAUUGAUACUAAUUUUCUACCAUUAGCAGUAGUUCAAAAGCUUGAAGAAGUUGGAAUACCACAAGACAGUUUGAUAUUUUAUCAAAAUAAUUGUUGGGUUUAUCAAGUAAGACAUGACAUAUCUAAAUUGAUUGAGAAAUGUCAUCUUCAAUCUAUCGAUUCAUUAGGACCUUUUGAAAUUCAUGAAGCUGAUAUUUCAUUAGUCUUAUUGCCAUCUACAUGUCAAUAUAGGAUUACUAAAAUUCGAGGACGACAAUUAAUUCAUGAAGCACAAGCGACAGGUACUUAUGCUCCAAUUGCACCAAUUACGCUUGAAGGAUUUGCACGUUCAACAGUAAAUAUUCCAGACGAUGCAACACAUUUUUGUUGGCUCUAUCCACCUAAAUAUAUACUUAAUGAUGAUGAUGUUACUUUGGAUGAUUCAGAUGAAUCAAAUUUACUCAAAAUAGGUGGAUUUGCCUAUUUUAAUUCCAAUGAUAAUAAUAUUGAUCAACUUCGACUUAUUCGUGUUAAUUCAUUGAUUGUGCCUGGUAUAAAUGGACUAACUUUUGAAGGUCCAUAUCCUUGGCGAAAAGAAUUUACAGAUAGACUCUGGACACAAAAUCGAUUCCAACCUGUAACACUAUCAUGUCUUUUGAACAAAGGUGCACGAUAUUUUGCUUUUAUUAAUCCUUGUGAAUCAUUAUCUGCUGAAAAUGGUCAAUCAUCAUGGACACCGUCACCACAUGGAGCUUUUGCAUAUUUAUUUAAUGAAGAUCAUUCACCACAUUCAUUUGAUUGUUUUUUUUCUGUGGCUGAUGAUUGCUUAGGUGUUUCAGUGAGCGAUGAGGAUUGA